GCUCAGUAAGGCUAACCAGGGGAAGCAGCACAAGCUUAUGGCGCCGAGAACCGCGGCUUUUGCAACCGGCCAUCGAGGCGGCUUCCGGAAGCGUCUCUGUCAGAAAACUUGAAUUUCGGGGGCUGCGAAUUGAAAGCGCAUUCACCAACUGGGCGUUUCAGGCCUUCCUACAAGGGGCGCUCACACUGGAGCGAGCCAGAAGACGCGACCAAAGGACUUCCCCCUUUUGAUUAAUUAGAGGUUGCUUCGUUCGCCGUCGCUGCCUGCGAUCCGCGCCGCGAAGGUCAAAAAAGCCCGCGGGAGGCACAGCCCGACGAUCCGCUGCGCCUCUCCCCCGCCCCCCAAAAAAGACAAAUCUCGGAAAGCGCGUUGGGCCCGAAAGCUGCGAACACGCCGGCCACUGCGGUCGAAGCAUCCGGGGGAGGCGGGCUGGUUUCCGCCGUUCCGCGGCGCUUUCUCGCUUUUGCAGCCGCCGCCCGUCUUGUCUCCCCGCUGCCACCAUGAUGGCAGACUUUGCUCAGCCGCCUCCUCCUCCUGCCCGGUGGCUUUUGUUUCUUGCCGUAGCUGUAGGGGGGAUGAGAACGGAGCCUUCCUUCGCUGCGGCAGGGGAUGCAGCUCCGCCGGGCAAAAUAGCUGUGGUGGGGGCCGGAGUUGGCGGCUCCUCGGUGGCUUAUUUCCUGCAGCAGCACUUUGGGCCACAGGUCCAGAUGGACGUGUAUGAAAAGGCUGUGGUGGGAGGUCGCCUGGCCACAGUUACAGUCAACAAGCAGUCCUACGAAAGUGGGGGGGCUUUCUUCCAUUCUCUCAACUUACACAUGGAGGACUUUGUGCAGCAAUUGGGACUGAAACAUCGCCGAGAAGUGGCAGGAAAGAGUGCCAUCUUCACUGGGGAGCAGUUUGUCCUUGAGGAGACAGACUGGUACCUGCUCAACCUUUUUCGGCUCUGGUGGCACUAUGGCAUGAGCUUUCUACGUCUACAAAUGUGGGUAGAGGAAGUAAUGGAGAAGUUCAUGAGAAUCUACAAAUAUCAGGCCCACGGCUAUGCAUUCUCUCAUCUUGAGGAGCUCUUGCGUUCACUGGGGGGUGACACCUUUGUCAACAUGACGCAGCGCUCUGUGGUGGAGUCCCUGCUGGAGGCCGGUGUCACACAACGCUUCAUUGAUGAUGUCAUCAUGGCCAUUCUCCGGGCCAACUAUGGCCAGUCAAUACUGGUGCCUGCGUUUGCAGGGGCCAUGUUGCUAGCAGGAGCACAAGGCAACCGAUGGGCAGUCGAAGGCGGCAACAAGCUGGUGUGCUCAGGCUUGCUGAAGCUAACCAAAGCCAACAUAAUCCAUGCCAGGGUGACAGCUAUCUCUCUGCACAGUUCAGAAGGAAAACCCCUCUACCAAGUGCACUAUGAAAAUGAAGACGGUCCAGGUUCCAACUUCUAUGACAUCGUGGUCAUUGCCACUCAACUACAUGACAGCAAGAACAAUAUUACCUUUCAGAAUUUUGAUCCUCCUAUUGCUGAGUUUCCUGGAACUUUUCACACCACAGUCACCUCCAUUGUUCACGGCUACCUCAACUCCUCAUACUUUGGCUUCUCAGACCCCAAGCUUUUCCCUUUUGCCAGUGUCCUCACCACAGAAGCUCCUGGCCUCUUCUUCAAUUCCAUGGAUAACAUUUGCCCCGUCAACUUAUCUAAUACCUUCAAGCGGAAGCAGCCCCAGGAAGCUGCUGUGUGGCGUGUCCACUCUCAGCAUCCUUUGGAGAAGCAAGAAUUGAAGAUGCUGUUCCGUUCUUAUUACUCUGUUCAGGUGACAGAAUGGCAGGUCUGUCCUAAUUACGGAUCAGUCAAGAGCCUCCCACCAAUUAUCCUACAUGACAGCCUCUUCUACCUCAACACCAUGGAGUGGGUAGCCAGCUCCAUGGAGAUGUCUGCCGUGGCAGCCAAAAAUGUGGCUCUCUUAGCCUACAAUCGGUGGAAUCGUGAAGUAGAGAAAAUAGACCAGAAAGACUUAAUGCACAAAGUGAAGACUGAGCUGUGAACUUAGGGAGCACUGCGAGACAAGACUUUAUUGCAUGCAGAGUCAAGUGGAUAUUUGAGGCUACUACUGUAAGUGCCAUUUCUUGACUUGCUGUGUUCCAAUUAUAUUGGAUUGCAGCAUUUGGAAUUCCCAAUCAGUGUAGUAAGAACUGCUGAGAUUUGCAGUCCCACCCAUCCCCAAAUCUUCUAAGUUAAGGAAUAAAUUGUACUGCAAAUUUAACAGAAGCAAAGCAGACCACUGGCAAAUCUGUGUAUUUAUAUGUUCAUCUGUGUUAUCUGUGUCAUGGCAAUCUCUUUAGCAUAGCAUCACUCUUUCAGAGAGUCUGUGAAUUUAUGCCACUUCUAGGUGUUCAAGAUUCUUCUGUAAUCGUGGAAGAGGAUUGAAACCGAAUAGUGUCAUUUGACUUUUACUUUACCUGCUGAAUCAUAUUCAUACAGUCCAAUUGUGUAUAUCACCCAACAGGCGACAACUUUGGAUUCAAACUUCCUUCUUGUGUCUUCCUCUGCAGCCUUCCCAAAUAAUUUAUACUGGACUGGACCUUGUACUUCAUCUCCUAAGCUAAAGGAAAUUGUAUUUUUAGGAUUGUAUGAGUUCUUGGUUUUCCUGGUAUCCCAACACUGUAUUCCCUUGUGUUUAUUACAAAGCCCCAUGACGGUGAAGCAAAGGACUUUGUGUUGGAACUUUUACUGUGAGAAAAGCUAAACAGCUUAACGAAUCAUGUAACUUUUUAUCCACUAUCCUGAUAAACAUAUGUGCACAAUUAAGGCUGAUCUGCCAGCUAUCCCAUGGGCCUUUUCCCUGGAAAUAGAUUAAGCAUGCUGCCCGCCAGCAUUUGGUUUUUUUUUAAAAAAAGAUUUCUUUGAUUCCCAAGUUGAACUAACGCUCUGGAAUUUUCCUGAGUAGAUUCCACAAUACUCUAGCCAUUUGAUCAGGCCGAUUCUGUAAAUCUUGGAAAAAAGGACUGGAUUUGUGGCUUGAAUAAAAUAACCCCAUAAAAUAGCUGUGUAGGAUAAAGGAUAACUUGUUUUUGCUAAUUCCAGAUGCAAUCAAACGGCGACGUUCCCUAUGUUUCUUUAUAGAAAUGGAAGAAAAUCCUUAAUUUCAAUUGUUAGCUUAUGUACAGUGUGGAUAUUGAUAAUGUUUUCUUUAAUGAACUUUGUUAAAUCAAUGACCUGUUUGCAGAUCCGGGUGAGCAACACACUUUAUGACCAAGCAGCUAAAUAGAUGUAGGCCCAGCUACUCUGUAAUGAGAUGUAUUUCACUGUGCCUUGAGUCAUAGCCUUUAGCUGGCGGGGAAGAACUGAGAAAAUGAAAAUAAAGUUAUCAGCUUGUUUCUUUUGAA